CCAGGCCCCUGGGAUCAUGACCUGAGUUGAAGGCAGACACUUAACAAACCGAGCCACCCAGGCGCCCCCCAAAAUGGCCCUUCUUUGCCAGGUUAAGGGUAUCAGGGUACACCAUCUGAUGGAAAUAGCAACAAAAACAACUGAGAUUCAAACCAGCUUAAAAUAAAAUCUAGUAUUUCAUGUAACAGGAAGUUCAGGAGGUAAGGCAGGCUCUAGGGUUGGUUAAUUAAACGUUCAGUGACGUCAGUAAGGACCCCAGGUCUCUGCAUUUCCAUCUCUGCUGUAUUGGCCCCAGCCAAUAGCCUUGGGUUGGUUUCCUGUGCUGACAAUUGGCUUGCCUUAAGAGCUUGGGCCUCUCUGCACUUCCUCCUUUGUGUGCUGUCAGAGAUCGUGGCUUUCUGCAGGUCUCCCUAAAUGCAAAGAAACUUUUCUCCAAGCACCCUUUACUGCUUUACUUCCCCAUUCUUGAACUUCUGGGGAAGGAGGGGAAGGCAUCUGCAUAGGUUGGUCAGACUCAGAGCUGGGGGCAGGGCAAGCUCUUCCCUGAGGUACAUGGCUGGGUUGGGGAGCCCUGGGCACUUGAACACAGUGCGGGUUCUCUUAGUGAAGACAUGAGUUAACUCUUGGGGAGAUGGAAGAUAAAGCCACAGACCCAAGCGUGUCAGAACAGGAUUGGUCUGCUAUCCAGAAUUUCUGUGACCAGGUGAACACCGAUCCCAAUGGCCCAACCCACGCGCCUUGGCUCCUGGCCCACAAGAUCCAGUCUCCGCAAGAGAAAGAAGCUCUUUAUGCCUUAACGGUGCUGGAGAUGUGUGUGAACCACUGUGGGGAGAAGUUCCACAACGAGGUGGCCAAAUUCCGCUUCCUGAAUGAGCUGAUCAAAGUGUUGUCCCCGAAGUACCUGGGGUCCUGGACCACAGAAAAGGUUAAAGGAAGAGUCAUCGAAAUACUCUUCAGUUGGACUGUCUGGUUUCCAGAGGAUGUCAAGAUCCGAGAUGCUUACCAGAUGCUGAAGAAACAGGGAAUCGUAAAGCAAGACCCUAAACUACCAGUGGAUAAAAUUUUGCCUCCACCUUCUCCCUGGCCCAAGAGCUCUAUCUUUGAUGCCGAUGAAGAAAAGUCCAAGCUUCUGACGAGGCUUCUGAAGAGCAACCACCCAGAGGAUCUUCAGGCUGCAAACAGGCUGAUCAAGAACUUGGUCAAGGAGGAGCAAGAGAAAUCCGAGAAGGUGUCGAAGAGAGUCAGUGCCGUGGAGGAGGUACGGAGCCACGUGAAGGUGCUGCAGGAAAUGCUGAGCGUGUAUCGCCGGCCCGGGCAGGCCCCGCCGGACCAGGAGGCCUUGCAGGUCGUGUAUGAGCGCUGUGAGAAGCUGCGGCCCACGCUGUUCCGGCUGGCGAGUGAUACCACGGACGAUGACGACGCGCUCGCGGAGAUUCUCCAGGCAAAUGACCUCCUCACCCAGGGAGUUCUGCUGUACAAACAGGUGAUGGAGGGCCGAGUCAUCUUUGGGAACACAGUGACCAGCUCAGUGGGAGACCUAGCUGUCUCCAGAGUCUUUCAGAAACCCGCAGGCUGCACGAAGAGCUGCGCUCUGAUUGACUUGGAGGUGGACAGUGGAUCUGAGCAGGCCGGGACUGUGGCACCGUCCUUGCUUCACCAGGACCUGGCAGCCUUAGGACUCAGUGAUGCUCCACAUACCAACAAGGUUGCUGGUCAGAAUUGCUAUAAGGAAAAGAAGAAUCCCCCCGCCAGCAUGCUGCCCGGUGGUGGUGUUCAGAGCCCUUCUGCAGAAAGGAACUUGCUGGAUCUCCUCUCCCCACAGCCAUGUCCAGGGCCUCUGAAUUAUGUUCCACAGAAGAGCAUUCCUAAGGAAGUGCCCCCUGGCACUAAGUCCUCUCCAGGUUGGUCCUGGGAAGCUGGGCCAUUGGCUUCUUCCCCAUCCACCCAGAAUACACCGCUGGCUCAAGUGUUUGUCCCUUUGGAGUCUGUUAAGCCCAGCAGCCUGCCGCCUCUUAUCGUGUAUGACAGGAAUGGAUUCCGAAUUCUGCUCCACUUUUCCCAGACGGGGGCCCCUGGCCACCCGGAGGUGCAGGUGUUGCUGUUAACCAUGAUGAGCACUGCCACCCAGCCUGUCUGGGACAUCAUGUUUCAAGUGGCUGUGCCAAAGUCCAUGAGAGUGAAGCUGCAGCCGGCAUCCAGCUCCAAGCUCCCUGCCUUCAGUCCGCUGACGCCUCCAGCUGUGAUCUCUCAGAUGCUGUUGCUUGACAAUCCACAUAAAGAGCCCAUCCGGUUACGGUAUAAGCUGACCUUCAACCAGGGUGGACAGCCUUUCAGCGAAGUAGGAGAAGUGAAAGACUUUCCAGAUCUGGCAGUCUUGGGUGCCGCCUAACUUUUAAUAAGACAGACCCCGCCAUUCAAGCUUAGGCCAAUGUGAAUUUUGCUGUCUAGAUAGGACUAAUCAUGGUGAUGUAGUGCGGAGUGCCAACAGUUCUAUCCUGACGUCAGGCUCUGGAUCCCAACCUCUGACUUAUUCUGCACAUACUAUUUGUGUGUGUGUGUGUGUGUGUGUGUGUGUGUGUGUGUGUUGUGGGGGAUUUGGGGGAGGGGAGAGCAGGGCUUGGGGUGUGGACAGUGUGGGAAAUGCUGAAGCAUUUCUGACAACCAUCUGCUACAAUCAUCUGUUUCUGCAUGUUUGUGGACACGGAUGUCCCCACCUCAGGUUGGAGGUUUUAUAAGCCAAAGUUGUGUUGUGUUUUGUUUUUUUUCCAUGUAUUGUUCUCUUUUCAUUCAUCCACUCUGUGCCUUGUCAGCCUUUGAAAGUCUUGGUUGCUCCCAGGCUGCUGUUCUCAGGGACCUUAAAAGGGACCUGGUUGGUCUUGGGGCAGAGAGUACCUUCUGGGGCACUCUCUUCCAAGAAAGACCUUGUCUCCAUUUCCAUUAGAGAAUGCUGCUUGCAUGUGUUUGAGAAGAUCUUCAGAAUGGAAUGCUCGUUGCACUGUUUGCAGGCGAGGGGCUGCCACUAGACCAGAGGACCACACUGGGUGGGCCAAUCAUGUCCUUUACCACUGUGCCUUAGAAUCACCCAGAGAAGACCUUCCAGGGCAGAGGGGAAAGCAGGUCCCAGGCCUCAUGCAGGCCGCGGGUUCUGUGGGUGGGGCAGCCCGUCUCGGCCCUUCCUCAGGACCCUCCUCUCCAUUCUCAUCCUCCUCCUCCACGAGCGUCUACUCUCAGAGCUCUUCGAUGCUGACGCCACGCCAGUCGUUGUCAAUCAUAACAGACAGGCUCGCGGUUGCCUGUCUUCACCACCCAGCCUGGAGAACUGUGACACAAAUAGAUAUGAAAAGAGCUUAGCAGUGAUUUCAGUGGUGAAUAUAGAAAGUCCUUGAAUAAAUACCAUGUAGCAAAUA